AUGACGGGCCGGAGAGGCACCACAGUCGUCGUACCACACAGGUCAAGCCAUGCCGCCUGCAAAGUACCGCACACCCCCCUGCACACCCUCGAGUUCGUGCCUGGACAUAUUAAUUGCCUUCGCGCAGUACAGCCCAGCAGUGCCCGGCUUGGUUCCUCUGCCAUUCCAGCAGCCAGCAGCCAGCUCCCGUCCCUUCUCCCCCCUUCAGCACCGCGAUCAACCUGGACCAAGCCGAUAAGAUACCUUGGACUUCGUACCCGCCAUCCCAUCACCACCCGCCCGGUCCAUGCUGGCCCAUCCCAUCUCGUCCCCUCCCUCCCUGACGGUCGACCUGAGCCCUCACCACACUCCUCCUGGACUCCUCCCUCUACUCUCGCUCUCUUGGUUCUCUUGGUCUUUCUGCUGCCACCCCCGUCCGUCCUGAUCAACCCCCCGGUCUCUCGUCCCUCGUCCCUUGUCGUGUGUUUCCAUCAAUCAAUCAAUCUCCCAUCCUUCGCUGCUUCGUCCAUCCACAUUCCUUCUUGCGUCCCCUUCCAUUCCUUUACACCACCCUCGCUUUUUUCUCUCUUCCCUUCCCUUCCCUUUUACUCCUCACGCUCGCUCUCCUCUUGUCGCCCCCACCUCUCUCCCGACCUCGUCUCUUCGACAGUCGAAUUUCGACAUCCCCUCGCCUCCGUCAAGAAUUCAUCCGGCGACGUCGAACCUCCUCUCCGAUUCUCAACCUGCGCCUCCUCACGCCAUCGUCGUCGAGGUUCCGCGCCGACAACCUGCCAGUUUCCCCAUGCAUUCGACAACGGGAACUGCCAUAAUCUCAGCCGACGUGACGGAUCAAUAGACGUCCUCGCCCAAUUCAAUCCGACGAUAUCUCGUCGAGUCACUCAUUUCACACACCCAAAAUCCCAAACGCCAUCACGCUCAUUGACAAUUCCUUGUCAAGUACAUUCGUUCUAUAACACCCUGACAAAACCUCCAUCUACUAAACACCAAUAUUGGUAUCAUUACAAUCGCUAA